ACACGGGACGCGAUUUUCGGUGCACGAACAACCGGCUCGAUUUUCGUUCUCACUGAAACAAAUCAUUCAAUCCACCACUCACCAACCGAUCCUAUAAUUCGCGCGACGACAUGGCGAGUAAAGCCGCUUCCGCACUCUCCAUCCUGCUUCUCUCGAUCGCGGCUGUCUUUUGGGUAACGGCACUGCCCACAGUUCAGGCUGGGACGAACGCUUUGCGACGAGAUUUAUUUUACGGAACGGCCAAUCCGGACUUUUUCGUUGGCUACCUCGACGAUCACGGAGCAAUACGACCGAAAACGACGCAAACUGAACAGCGGCAACAGCAGCAGCAACUGCCGUCUCGAUUGGUAAACGCUGAAAGCGUGACCCCAAUGAAGGGGAACCGCUAUCUCCGGUACGAGGAGGACAUGGCCGAUCGUUUGGAGAGAAACCUCGAUCAAAUCGGUGGCGGUAACCUGUUGCGAAGGGGUCUGCAAGAGGAACGGAAUCUCGAUCAGAUAGGCGGUGGAAAUCUGCUUCGUGAAGUAGACGCGGAAAGAUUGAAUGAACGGAACUUGGACCAGAUCGGUGGUGGAAAUUUGGUGCGAGGGCUGGACGGUGUAAUGGCUGCAGCGGAUCACUUUCGCAGGAACUUGGAUCAAAUAGGUGGAGGGAAUCUGGUGCGAAGCUUGUCCGAGAUCCAUCGGGAGAUGGAUUCGCCGCGUUUGAGGGAUGGUCAAGAUAUAAAGGAUGUCGCUGCCGGUGACCGACGAAUUCGUCCAUCAGCGCGGAUUCGUUACGCUCGUCGCGGUAUCGAUUUCCCGCUCUUCGUCGAAGACGCAUCAUCGGACGAUUCAUUGACAGUCAGCAACAGCAACAGCUUGGCCGAACUCUCACCUGCUGAUAGAGUGUUGUUCGAACAAUUCGUCAAGCGAAACAUCGACGAAAUUGACCGUACAGCGUUCGACAACUUCUUCAAGCGAAAGCUCGACGAGAUAGAUCGCGUCGAUUGGAACGGAUUCGUUAAGAGAUUCGCCCACUACCUGACUACAACCGGGACCUGGUCGAACCGUCCAAAGAGUCGCGGCUAAAGGAAGACGCGCCCCCCUCCCCUC